AUGGCUAUUGGCAGCUUUGGUCGAGCGUUUUCUAAAGAUCUUUUGCGCAUCGAAAUCUCUGGUCCUGACCGUCCUCACCUUACGAUCGUGGACUUGCCUGGUCUCAUUCACUCUGAGACGAAGCAACAAUCUGAGGCCGAUAUCGAUUUGGUGCAAGACGUAGUCAAGUCGUAUAUGAAGGAACCCAGGAGUAUUAUACUCGCAGUUGUGUCGGCAAAGAACGACUACGCCAACCAGAUUGUGCUCAAACUGGCUCGAGCUGCUGAUAGAGCUGGGAAUCGUACGCUCGGUGUCAUCACAAAGCCUGACACGUUGAUUCCAGGAUCUGACAGUGAGGUCAUGUACAUGUCGCUCGCCCAGAAUCUCGACGUAGAGUUUCGUCUUGGAUGGCAUGUUCUCAAAAACAUGGAUUCAGAGACCGGAGCCUGGUCACUAGCCAGGCGUGACGGAGAUGAGAGACGAUUCUUCACAGAAGGCGUAUGGCGGACACUUCCCGAAUCAAUCCUCGGCAUUGCGCCGUUGAGAGAGCGUUUGAGUAAACUACUUCUGGACCAGAUUGCUGCGGAACUUCCUAGCCUUAUAGAAGAGAUCGAAACCAAGUCGACUACCUGCCGCACGCAACUUCAGAUACUCGGUUUACCCCGAGCCAGCGUCGAAGAACAACGCCUUUAUCUGCUCACACUCAGUCAGAACUUCCAGUCACUGACCAAAGCCGCUGUCGAUGGAACAUACAACGAUGACUUCUUUGAAGACGCCAAGACUGGCGCUGGCUAUCAGAAACGAAUUCGUGCUGUCGUACAGAAUCUCAACCAGUCGUUCGCCGAAAUCAUGGCACGCGAAGGUCACUACUACGACAUUACCGAUUCGUCGAAUGGUAAUUCUGUGCAAAAUGUCAGUCGAAAGGUCAAGGUCUUAUCACGCGCCCACUAUCUCAACCGUAUUGAAGCUCUGAUGAAGCGGACCCGGGGUCGUGAACUUCCCGGCACGUUCAACCCAAUGAUAGUGGCCGACCUCUUUCUCGAGCAAUCACAUCCCUGGGAAGCCCUUGCUAGACAUCAUAUCGAGCAGGUAGCCAAUUCGGUGAUAGAGUUCUUAAAACAUCUCGUUUCCCACAUUGCGGACUCUUCGACAAGCGGCGCGCUGUUCCAGAAAUUGGUCGAACCUGCGCUCAAGGACGUCGUCGGAUUUGCCAGGCGCAAGACGGCGGAUCUCCUUGCCCAACAUCAGAAAGGGCAUCCAAUUACGUAUAACCAUUACUUCACGGAGACCAUGCAGAAUGUCAAGAAAGAAAGGAGUAGGGUAGAGCUCACACGUAUCAUUAAGGAUGUCUUCAGUGUGACCUCACUGGCUCCUAAUACUGAAGAACCACAGUUCACAACAAUGGACUACCGUCCGCUGUUGGAGGCACUCAUGGAGCACAACAACCCUGAUAUGAAUUCCUAUGCUUGCUCCGAGGCCUUGAACUGCAUGCAAGCUUACUACAAGGUUGCCUUCAAACGCUUCAUCGACGACAUCGCUGUCGAAGUCGUCGAAACCAAUCUCAUCGCGCAGCUGGGCGACAUCCUGUCCCCGAUCAAAGUCACGCAACUUGCCGCUGACGUAGUAACGAGCGUUGCAGGCGAGUCUGAUGAGGGCCGUGCAAAACGUAGGCAGUUGAAUAACCAGCUGGAUGUGCUGAUUCAGGGGCUAGAAACCUGCAAGAAGUUUGUGGUGGUGACAUUGCACGAUUCAGAUGAACUCAUCACGAGAGAUGAGUUAGAGGGAUUUGAUGAGACGGCUUUCACUGAAGCGCCAGAGCCAAUUUCAGAGCCAGAGCCAGAGUCAGCGCCAGAGCCAGCGCCACCGGUCGAAGAGGACUAUAUUGAUGAGGCGGUUGCUGAGCCCAAAGAUGAUAGCUGGGAUGCGCUGUUUUCGCCAAGAUCCGCGAAGAAGUCAAAGAAGUAUAAAAGGGGUCCAUAA